AUGUUCCGUGAUCAAGACCUACGGUGCUCAGACGGUGCCGUGUGUUUGUUUAUUGUAUUUAUUGAGACGGUGCCCACACGGCCCCCACCGUCUGGGCACCGCCUCAAUAUGGUGCCAUGUUGUAAUUGUAAUGUUACAGAGUGGGAGGCUUCUGGGCCGCUUUAUCACAUUGUCAGUUCUACGAUUUAUCAUCUUAUAGCACCGUCCACCACUACCACACUAUACUUCGCCAUACGAACUGUUCUUUUCCUGUCGAUCAUGGCCGUCAUUAACACCUUGCUGUCCCUCUUCGACUGGGUGCUCUUCUCCCGGGCCGUGUCCUCGCAACCCCUCCACCCAGAGCCCCUCUUCAUCCUGGGGCAUCCCCGCUCCGGAACCACCCACCUACACAACCUGCUAGCCACCGACCCACGGUUCGCUUUCGCGACCACCUUUCACGCAGGUUUUCCCUCCUCUUUCCUAACCCUGGAGCCGAUACGGGGAUUGCUGACCGGGCUGCUGGAGCGGCGCAGGCCCAUGGACAACAUGGCGCUACAUUGGGACCUGCCGGCGGAGGACGAGAUCGCCGUGAACGUCCUGACCGGAGGGGAUUCGCCGUACCUGGCACUCGUAUUUCCGCGGCUCUGGCGGCCGUUGCUCCGAAACUUCCUAGACUGGAAAUCCAGCGGACCCGAUACCAAAUCCAAAAGCAGGGGAAGGGAACCCAGGGCGGCUGAAAAGCUGCCGGCGGCCAAAGCGACGGUGGUGCCGCCGACGGAUGCGGCCUGUGCUGCUGCUGCUGCUGCUGCUGGUGCUGACGAUAAAGGGCUCGGCCAUGAUGGUGAUCGUGAUGAUAAUCACGGUGGUGCUGUUGAGCCACCCGGGGGGCCGGUCAGCUCAACGGCGUUUCAAAGGUGGCUGGCAGCGUCCUUGUGGUUCAUGAAGAAGGCACCCCGUGGAGGGGGUCGUAAAACGAUGAGGUCUCUGAAGGGGACGCUGAGGCAGGUGAGCCCAAAGGGAGGUUCGAGCUUUUUCGGUAUAUCGCGUUGGCGUCGGUCGGCUAGCCGGACUAGGAUAGUCGGGUCGGUCGGGUCGGUCGCGCGGUUUUUGUUUGGGAGGAGCACUUGCAUACCGACAGCUUUUCAUUACCAGCAAAAUCAGCUAGUUCUCCAGGCCAGCAGCAAACUUUAUUCCAGCUUUACGACAGCAGUGCUUUACUACUUCGCCGCCGUCUUCACGGACGCCUUUCGCUUCACUCGUUUGUGGUUCGUAUUUCCUCCCAAAAAACGCGCGACCAACCCGACCGACCCGACUAUCCUAGUCCGGCUAGCCGACCGACGCAACGCGAUAAACCGACAAAGCUCGAACAUCCUUCCACCUGGCCAGGCAGCAGAAGCAGCGGGCAAAGGCACAUGCGAGGCAGAGAGCUCUUCACAGCAGUCCAGCGUGGCGGCAUCGCAGGUGUUCCAGUCCGCCGCGAACAUGGCUGAUACCUACUACUGGUUUACCUACCUGCAACAACCAACUGACAACGUCACCAACGAAUUUAUCAUGGACCAGUACGACAUUCUGUACCGGUCGUACAUGGCGGAUCGAAGUCGCAUUCCGGCGGAUCGGCUGGUGGAAGUUGGGUUUUCGGAUUUGGAUUCGGAUCCUCUCGGGGUCCUGCGCCGUAUCUACCACCAAUUCGGGUGGGACGAGCAGUACAACACGCUGUCCGACCGCUUCCAUUCGUACGUCUCCAGCCUAGGAGACUUCAAGAAGAAUCACUUUAACAGGCUAUCUCCAGAGGUGGAGUCGGUUGUUCGCGAGCGCUGGGGCGACUCCUUUCAAGGCCUUGGAUAUACCUGACAACGGUCCCCUCACCCGUGUGCAUGUACAUACAUUUUGCAUGUUCAUGUACAUAUGUGCAUACAUACGGGAAGGCGGGCAUGUACGUACAUACAUACGGGCUGGCAGAGGUGAAGGCCUGACUUCUGCUCCCGGAGUGUCCGGGUUUAAAUCCGCCUGCCGACUUAUCGGGUGUUUGAGGAGUGUUGAAAUGGGAGGUGGCCCCCCAUCUUAUGGACGGUGUAGGACGUGAACUUGCGAGCUGACCAGGAACUAAGUUGAGGCGCCGCGGCUGUUGAUCCGCUAGAUUUGGUUGGAUGCUAGUGGUGAGUUGCUGAACCCAACGAAUACAUUCUGAAGUCGGAUGGGUGAACGGAUUAGGGUGCCCCUCUCGCAGGGGAGAGCAGGGAACUGCCUCGGGAAAGGGGGCCGCUGGUGAAGCUAUACCACCCUGUAACAACAUACAUACAUACAUACAUACAUACAUACAUAAUACAUACAU